ACACACACUCCCACACACCCACGGCAGACACGCACGCACCCGGGCGCCGAAGGGAAAGCCGCGUCUCGCCCUCCCGCCCCGCCGCCGGUCGUGUCUCCGAUCCCUCAGCAGAGCGGGAAAGCGGAGGCCGGAGCCGUGACCUCUGACCCCGUGGUUAUGCGGAGCCGCCGCAUUCCUUAGCGAUCGCGGGGCCGCCGCUGCCGCCGUGGGCGACUGACGCAGCGCGGGCGCGUGGAGCCGCCGCCGCCACCCCUCCCCCACCGCGCUCUCGCGCCAGCCGGUCCCCGCGUGCCCGCCCCCUCUCCCCGGCCGCACCCGAGCCCUCGCGCGCCGCCACCGUCGCCGCCGUCACGCGUCCCCCCACUGCCGCCGCCGCCGCCGCCCCAGCCCGCCCAGCCCGGAGAUCCCGCGUGGAGCUGUCGCCGCCGCCGCCGCCGGGGAGGAGGAUGAAGGACAAACAGAAAAGGAAGAAGGAGCGCACGUGGGCCGAGGCCGCCCGCCUGGUAUUAGAAAACUACUCGGAUGCUCCAAUGACACCAAAACAGAUUCUGCAGGUCAUAGAGGCAGAAGGACUAAAGGAAAUGAGAAGUGGGACGUCCCCUCUUGCAUGCCUCAAUGCUAUGCUACAUUCCAAUUCAAGAGGAGGAGAGGGCUUGUUUUAUAAACUGCCUGGCCGAAUCAGCCUUUUCACACUCAAGAAGGAUGCCCUGCAGUGGUCUCGCACUCCCGCAGCAGUGGAGGGGGAGGAGCCAGAGGAUACAGCUGAUGUGGAGAGCUGUGGCUCUAAUGAAGCCAGCACUGUGAGUGGUGAAAACGAUGUAUCUCUUGAUGAAACAUCUUCGAAUGCAUCUUGUUCUACGGAAUCUCAGAGUAGACCUCUUUCCAAUCCCAGGGACAGCUACAGAGCUUCCUCACAGGCGAACAAACAAAAGAAAAAGACUGGGGUGAUGCUGCCUCGAGUUGUCCUGACUCCUCUGAAGGUAAACGGGGCCCACGUGGAAUCUGCGUCAGGGUUCUCGGGCCGCCACGCCGAUGGCGAGAGCGGCAGCCCAUCCAGCAGCAGCAGCGGCUCUCUGGCCCUGGGCAGCGCUGCUAUUCGUGGCCAGGCCGAGGUCGCCCAGGACCCUGCCCCGCUCCUGAGAGGCUUCCGGAAGCCAGCCACAGGUCAAAUGAAGCGCAACAGAGGGGAAGAAAUAGAUUUUGAGACACCUGGGUCCAUUCUUGUCAACACCAACCUCCGUGCCCUGAUCAACUCUCGGACCUUCCAUGCCUUACCAUCACACUUCCAGCAGCAGCUCCUGUUCCUCCUGCCUGAAGUAGACAGACAGGUGGGGACAGAUGGCCUGUUGCGUCUCAGCAGCAGUGCACUAAAUAACGAAUUUUUUACCCAUGCGGCCCAGAGCUGGCGGGAGCGCCUGGCUGAUGGUGAAUUUACUCAUGAGAUGCAAGUCAGGAUACGACAGGAAAUGGAGAAGGAAAAGAAGGUGGAACAAUGGAAAGAAAAGUUCUUUGAAGACUACUAUGGACAGAAGCUGGGUUUGACCAAAGAAGAGUCAUUGCAGCAGAAUGUGGGCCAGGAGGAGGCUGAAAUCAAAAGUGGCUUGUGUGUCCCGGGAGAAUCAGUGCGUACACAGCGUGGUCCAGCCGCCCGACAGCGAGAUGGGCAUUUUAAGAAACGCUCUCGGCCAGAUCUCCGAACCAGAGCCAGAAGGAAUCUGUACAAAAAACAGGAGCCAGAACAAGCAGGGGUUGCUAAGGAUGCAAAAUCUGUGGCCUCAGAUGUUCCCCUCUACAAGGAUGGGGAGGCUAAGACUGACCCAGCAGGGCUAAGCAGUCCCCAUCUGCCAGGCGCAUCCUCUGUAGCACCUGACCCAGAGGGUCCCGAAUUCCCAGUUGAGUCUGUGGCUUCCCGGAUCCAGACUGAGCCAGACAACCUGGCAUAUGCCUCUGCCUCUCCAGACAGAAUUCCUCCCCUGCCUCAAGAGACUGUGGAUCAGGAGCCCAAGGAUCAGAAGAGGAAAUCCUUUGAGCAGACGGCCUCUGCAUCCUUUCCCGAAAAGAAGCCGCGGCUUGAAGAUCGUCAGUCCUUUCGUAACACAAUUGAAAGUGUUCACACCGAAAAGCCGCAGCCCACUAAAGAGGAGCCCAAAGUCCCGCCCAUCCGGAUUCAACUUUCACGUAUCAAACCACCCUGGGUGGUUAAAGGUCAGCCCACUUACCAGAUAUGCCCCCGGAUCGUCCCCAUCACGGAGUCCUCCUGCCGGGGCUGGACCGGCGCCAGGACCCUCGCAGACAUUAAAGCCCGUGCUUUGCAGGUCCGAGGGGCGAGAGGUCACCACUGCCAUAGAGAGGCGGCCACCACUGCCAUCGGAGGGGGGGGUGGCCCGGGUGGAGGUGGCGGCGGGGCCACCGAUGAGGGAGGCGGUAGAGGCGGCGGCAGUGGUGAUGGUGGUGAGGCCUGUGGCCACCCUGAGCCCAGGGGAGGCCCGAGCACCCCUGGAAAGCGUACGUCAGAUCUACAGCGAACACAACUACUGCCGCCUUAUCCUCUAAACGGGGAGCAUACCCAGGCUGGAACUGCCAUGUCCAGAGCUAGGAGAGAGGACCUGGCUUCUCUGAGAAAGGAGGACAGCUGCCUGCUACAGAGGGUUCCAGUUGUAUUCACAAAUGGGCCAGAAGAUGCCUCCCAACUCCCCAUUGCUCCCACUGGGGACCAGCCAUGCCAGGCCUUGCCCCCACUGUCCUCGCAAACCUCAGUAGCUGAGAGAUUAAUGGAGCAACCUAAGUUGCACCUGGCUGUUAGAACUGAGUGUGAGUCUGGCACCACUUGCUGGGAAAGUGAGGAGGAGGAGCGGGGACCCACUGUUCCCGCAGAGAAUGGUCCUAUUCCAUCUCUAGUGGGAGGUGAUACCUUAGAAAAAGGAACUGGCCAUGCUCUUGACAGUCAUCCCACUAUGAAGGACCCUGUAAAUGUGACCCCCAGUUCCACACCUGAGUCCCCAUUGACUGAUUGCCUGCAGAACAGACCAGUUGAUGACAAAUUAGGGCUUGGUGACUCAUGCCCUCCUAUGAGGGAAAGUGAUACUAGGCAAGAAAACUUGAAAACCAAGGCUCUCGUUUCUAGCAGUUCCUUGCAUUGGAUACCUAUCCCAUCGAAUGAUGAGGUAGUGACACAGCCUGAACCAGAGUCUAGAGAACGUGUACCAUCUGUUGAGUCCCAGGUUGGAGAAGAGUGGGAGAAAGGUGCUCCCACCCUUCCUGCAUUGCCUGGGGAUUUGACAGCCGAGGUGGGUCUAGAUCCUGCUGAUAGCCUUACUUCACUCUGGACUGUGCCGUCUCGAGGAGGCAAUGACAGCAUUGGCAGUGACUGUCAACAAGGGGACGUUGAAAAGCUGAAAAUCAACGGAGACUCUGGAGCACUGAGUCCUCACAGUGAGUCCACAGAUACAGCCUCUGACUUUGAAGGUCACCUCACUGAGGACAGCAGUGAGGCUGACACUUGUGAAGCUGCAGUGACAAAGGGAUCUUCGGUGGACAAGGAUGAGAAACCCAGUUGGAACCGAUCUGCUUCAGUGUCCAAGGUGAAUGGUGACCUGAAUCUGGUUACAAGGACAGAUGGGAUGGUUACUCCUCAGAGCUGGGUGUCUCAAGUAUGUGCGGUCCCCCAAAAGACCCCAGAUUCCCUACUGCUGGCCAAUACGGAGUACCACCCAAGAGCCAUGUGCCUGUCCAGGCCUGGGUCCUCAGUGGAGGCCACUAGCCCUCUUGUGAUGCAGUUGCUUCAGGGUAACUUGCCCCUAGAGAAGGUUCUUCCACCAGGCCAUGAUGACAGCAUGCCACAAUCCCCACAAGUACCGCUUACAAAAGUGCAGAGCCAUGGCUCCCUGAGCAUGGGAUCUUUACAUGAUCUUGGAGAAAACAGUGGCAUGGUUGGUAGAAGCAGCCCCAGUUGUUUAAGGGCUUUGAAGGAGCCUCUUCUACCAGAUAGCUGUGAAACAGGCAGUGAUCUUGCCAGGAUAGAGGUCACCCAGGCUCUUGGAGCACCCCAGAAGAUUUCCAAGACAGUCCCAAGUUUUGACUCCCUCCAUCUGGUGACACACCCGAUUACUUCCUCUAGGAAACUGGAAGAAAUGGAUUCUAAAGAGCAGUUCUCUUCCUUUAGUUGUGAAGAUCAGAAGGAGGUCUGUGCCGUGUCACGGGACAGUAGUUCAAAUGCUGCUCCAGGCAAGAGCUCAGGAGAUCUUACUACCUCGAGAACUCCUUGUUUCUCAUCUCCAAAUGUGAUCUCCUUUGGUCCAGAGCAGACAGGUCGGGCCCUGGGUGAUCAGGGCAAUGUUACAGGGCAAGGGAAAAAGCUUUUUGGCUCUGGGAAUGUGGCUACAACUCUUCAGCGCCCCAGGCCUACAGACCCAAUGCCUCUGCCUGCUGAGAUCCCUCCAGUUUUUCCCAGUGAGAAGUCAGGACCAAGCACAAACUCCAUGUCUGGUGGGGUACAGACUUCCAGGGAAGGCUGGGCUCCAAAGCCGCAAUCUGCCUGUGUUGGCAGCAUCAAGAAUGAGAAGACUUUUGUCGGGGGUCCUCUUAAGGCAAAUGCUGAGAACCGAAAAGCUACUGGGCAUAGUCCUCUGGAACUGGUGGGUCACUUGCAAGGGAUGCCCUUUGUCAUGGACUUGCCCUUCUGGAAAUUACCCCGAGAGCCAGGGAAGGGGCUCAGUGAGCCUCUGGAGCCUUCUUCUCUCCCCUCCCAACUCAGCAUCAAGCAGGCAUUUUAUGGGAAGCUUUCUAAACUCCAACUGAGUUCCACCAGCUUUAAUUAUUCCUCUAGCUCUCCCACCUUUCCCAAAGGCCUUGCUGGAAGUGUGGUGCAGCUGAGCCACAAAGCAAACUUUGGUGCGAGCCACAGUGCAUCACUUUCCUUGCAAAUGUUCACUGACAGCAGCACGGUGGAAAGCAUCUCGCUCCAGUGUGCGUGCAGCCUGAAAGCCAUGAUCAUGUGCCAAGGCUGUGGUGCGUUCUGUCAUGAUGACUGUAUUGGACCCUCAAAGCUCUGUGUAUUGUGCCUUGUGGUGAGAUAAUAAAUUAUGGCCAUGGGAAACACUGUAUAUUUAGUGUGUGUAUUUUGAUAAUGAUUGAUCUUAAAUCUGUAUACAGAAUAUCGUUGAUACAAUACUCUUUUUAGGCAGGAGCACUCUUGCCCUCACCCCCAAAUUUAUAGUGCUAAAGCCCUCUGUCGCUUGUCGACCCCUCUGGUCUUGCUGGAGGGAUUUUCUGGGUAUAACCCAUUGGGCUGCCCAAAGCCACCCAGCCUGAGCUCUCCUGCAGACAGAGCCUGAUGUGGCAUGGAGCAGGGUCGGUGUGGUGGGGGGAUUGUGCUGCCUGACUCCCAGAGGGACUUGAAACUGAAGCAAGAAGGUUGCAUUCUCUACCAAGGGAAUUAACCUACCUGAACUAAGUAGAAAUGCCAGUCUUCCACUGUCCCCUCCCUGCCAUCUUUUCUUCUGCUACUUUGGGGAAUUGGUCUGGAAAGAAGCCAGCACAGGGUUAAAGUAACUCCCAUCAUUGCCCACCAGGGGGCUGGAGCACCUGCCGACCUUAGGGUCGCAGUUGAGUCAUUUGCCAGUUGAUGGAGCAAGUUUGACGUUAGUUCUGUUGCUGAAGCAAAUUUGGAACUUUUCUGUCUUGGUGCGAUCCACUAGCCCACAGGAUCAUUUGGAACCUUGAAUAGCUCUGCUUGGACAAUGGGGUCGGGGAAUAGGGUUGUCUUUCCUAUGAAAAUGCCAUCUGUAGACCUGGUGAGUCAGCUGUCCAGAUGGUUGCAGGUGAAUUCCUCUGCUUGACAUCUUCCCUGUCACUUUGGACCCUAUGGGAGUGGGCAUCUCCACGCACUUGUGUAUGUGAAAGUCAUUUUACAUUUCAAAGCGCAGUGUGUGUUUCUUAUUUUUAUAUUUUUAACUCUUUAUUCUUGGAUGUAUAAAGUGAACUUUUUGGCUUCUGUAAGUAUGCUCUAUGCACCUCUAAUGUUUUAUCAUGUAUUUAUACGUUGUACACAGUACUGGCCGAUUCUGUAAAUGGAUGUAUUGUACAGAGAACAUGAAUGUCUCCCUAAUUUUACAUCUUCAGCAUCAUUGCAUUAAAGUGGUGUAAUUUACUUCUCUACACCUGUUGUCAGAGCCACUGAGUGCUGUGCUGCUCCACGUGAGGGUGAAAUACUUGACUUGUGACCUGCCAGGUUGCCCGAUGCCCUGUUGGGUCACCGGGUGGAUCUGCUGCAGCCUGCAGAGCCACAGUCAGCCUGCCCACACGCCACUGAGCAAACGCAUCUUGCUUCUCACACCUCUCCUCCUCCUACAGCCUUUAAUGGCUGCUCGCUGCCAUAUGUGACAAAUCACCACCACCAGUGUUAAGUGCUUCUGGAUUCAUGGGUGAGUUCCCUGGGCAGCCCCCAGGAAGGCCUUCCAGAUCUGGCUCCAGGGUCACCACCUGUCACAGCAAUACCUGGGACCAUGCUCUCCUGGGACCGUGAGGCUCCUUUUGACGUACUUUUGACAUCGGGCAGGUUUGGGAAGAAACAAAGCCAUGCCUGCUCCUGCCUCUCUCCCAACAUGUUCCUAGCAAGUAGAUGCCCCUGAAUGUGUCUUCCCUUGCCUUGUUCCCUGCCUUAUUUCUUGUAUUUUUGACUUAUUACAGAAUUGAGGAUCCUUGCUUAAUUUAGGUCAAGCAUAAAAUCUGUAUGACUUCAAGUCUAAUUUUAUCUGAAAGUUUGUUUUGUUUUUUUUUUUUUCUCAUUUAAUCUGAUGUGGCGUUUUCAUCAUCUGAAACAUGAGUGACAAGUUGCCAAUAAUGUGAUUUAGAAUGCAGUAUUGGCCAAGUCCAAGUUGUCAACUUAAGCGUCUGUUUACCAAAGACCGGGAACAGGGGCCCAAGCACGUCCAGUCCUCUUCCCUCUGCUGGAACCUUUGGGGACACUCAAGGGUACACAGUUUGACACUGAUCUGGUCCAUGGGGCUGCCCAGAGAAAGCACUGCUUUUGUAUGUCUGUUGUGGUAUUAGAACAAUAAACCUGUACAACCUGC